AUGGCGAUGCAACUCGACAUGUCCAAUGCGCAGGUGAUGAAGGAUGAGUCCGGCCGCCCCUUCAUUGUGGUACGAGACCAAGGGAAGAAGACACGCACGCACGGCAAUGAUGCUAUCAAGCAACACAUCACGGCAGCCCGCACAGUGGCUAGUAUUGUGCGGACUUCAUUAGGUCCCAAAGGCCUUGACAAGAUUCUUAUCAGCCCAGAUGGCGACAUCACCGUCACAAACGACGGUGCUACGAUCCUUGGUCAGAUGGAAAUCACAAAUCAUGCGGCCAGGCUGCUCGUCGAACUCUCCAAAUCGCAAGAUGAUGAGAUUGGUGAUGGUACUACUGGGGUGGUCGUUCUGGCUGCUGCUCUACUGGAUCAAGCGGCCGAUCUCAUGGACAAGGGCAUUCACCCGAUCCGCAUCGCCGACGGCUACGAUCAGGCAUGUGAGGUUGCAGUCGCUCAGCUUGAGAAAGUCAGCGACCGCCUACCAUUCUCAAAGGACGAUCAAGAGAAUUUGAUGAAGGUGGCCAAGACGAGUUUGGGCAGCAAAAUCGUGACAAAGGCGCAUGACCAGUUUGCGAAGAUCGCUGUGGAUGCAGUCAUGUCCGUCGCCGACCUGGAACGCAAGGAUGUCGACUUCGAGCUCAUCAAGGUGGACGGAAAGGCCGGAGGUUCACUCGAGGACAGCUUAUUAGUCAAGGGUGUGAUUGUCGACAAGGAUUUCUCUCAUCCGCAAAUGCCGGAUGAAGUCAAGGACGCCCGACUUGCCAUCCUCACCUGCCCGUUUGAGCCUCCUAAACCCAAGACAAAACACAAGCUUGACAUUUCAUCAGUGGAGGAAUUCAAGAAGUUGCAGCAGUAUGAACGGAACAAGUUCACCGAAAUGAUUGAGCAGAUCAAGGACACCGGCGCCAAUGUCGUCAUUUGCCAAUGGGGUUUCGACGACGAGGCAAACCACCUCCUACUUCAGAACAAGUUGCCUGCCGUUCGGUGGGUAGGAGGGCCUGAGAUUGAGCUCAUCGCUAUUGCUACCAACGGCCGCAUCGUUCCUCGAUUUGAGGAUCUGAGCGCGGAGAAGCUGGGAAAGGCCGGUAUCGUUCGCGAAAUGAGCUUCGGUACGACAAGAGAAAAGAUGCUGGUGAUUGAGGAGUGUGCCAACACCCGUGCAGUUACAGUAUUUGUGCGCGGAAGCAACAAAAUGAUCAUUGACGAGGCCAAGCGGUCACUGCACGAUGCGCUGUGCGUGGUCCGCAAUCUGGUACGCGACAACCGCAUCGUAUAUGGCGGUGGCGCAUCCGAGAUCGCGUGCUCGGUCGCUGUGGAGGAUGCGGCGGUCAAGAGUCCUGGCCUGGAACAGUAUGCCAUGCGAGCAUUUGCCGACGCGCUGGACGCAGUCCCUAUGGCUUUGGCUGAAAAUUCCGGCCUCAGUCCGAUCGAAACCCUAGCAGAGCUCAAAUCAUGUCAAGUACGCGAAAAAAAUGGCCGUCUGGGAGUGGACUGUAUGCAGACAGGCUCCAACGAUAUGAGGCAGCACUUUGUCAUUGAGCCGUUGAUCUCGAAGCGGUCGCAGCUAUUGCUGGCGACGCAGCUGUGUCGGAUGCUGCUGAAGAUUAACAAUGUCAUCAUAGCGGGCGACGAUCAGAGUGAAUUUUGA